GGCGUCGCUUGGACGAAUGGCCACGCCCUACUGCGGUUGGCCGUGCGGCCCGUCAGUCAGGCGCUACUUCCUGGAGUGGCGCGGAGGGCGGGCCCGAGUUCCGGGGUGCGAAGGGUCCCAGGCUUUUCCCGGGAACAGACGGGCCUCUCUGGCGUCGCAGGACAGGCUCGGGAACCGCCAGCCGUGCCAGCACUCGAAGUCCAAGGGCUAAAUGGGAGGGAGGCUAGUGCGGCGGGACAGGCAACAUUGCGGAUGACCAGGGCUUGGGCCGGGGAAGUGGCGGAUCCAUCCGACACCCCCUGGGGGCCGCGGAACUGCAGCCCUCCCGGCGGGGGCGCGGAAGCCCCACCUUGAGGACUCGGGAGCUUCAAGGGUGUCCGAACCCCAGCUUGGGCAAAACACUUCAGGUUCCAUCCCUGCUGCAGCUCCCAGUGGACUCCGCAAGUCCAAUCCAAAAGUUGCCACCGGGAGGGAAGAGAGGUCUCCCCGAGCCCAAGCACUGAUGCCUCCUCUAUAGUGCUUUUAACAUUUUUUUAAAUAAAAAAAUGUGCAAGGACAUCCUUUCCAUCGGAAAACCGAAACGUGAUACCCUGAGGCCGCGGCGGGACUGCGGCGCCCGCCCACUUGCAGUCCCGAAUCUGAGCCCAGCUCGCAUAGACCCGGCCAGGAGGAGGAUACCGAGAGCCCGUCGGGCGUCUCCGGGUCCUCAGUCCAGAGUCCGCGCCGCGGGAAGGUUGCCACCUUCCCAUCUAGAAGGUGCUCUCGGGUCUCAGCGCUGCGCCUCGGACGCGUGCUCCGGCAACCGUUGCUAAGGGGCGGGGCUCAGACCCUGAGCCGCUGUGCCCGCGGCUUGAGAAGGUUUGGGUAUUCAAAUAAAGCCCCGCCCCCCGUUGCCAUGACGCCCGGACCGGCGGCCAGAAGAACAACCCGGAGUGGAGAGCUCUCUCAGCAGAGGGACCCAGGGCUGGAACACCUGGGCCAAAGCCUGCAGCUGGGCAGACCCCUCACCUGGACCAUCACAAGGAGCUCUGGGCCAGGCACCUGCCCCAUCUCCUCUGUAACCACUCCCUUUGCGUGCAGCUACCCCUGGGCACGUGACCUCGCCAGGAGCCUAACCCAGCCCUGUCUCCCAGGUGUCACCUGUGGAUAUGCUGCCCCCACGCCCGGAUGUUUGACCCACAGCAGAAGGCAGCUGCCAACAGCAGGUUGUAUGUGGAUGGACCCAGCCGGGGAUGGAUGCCCGAGGCCUCGGCCAUACUCAGCCAGUGUCCGGGUGCGGGAGAUGAGCAGGCAGGGCCUGCACAAUCCAUCCCCGCAGAGCAAGGGCCCAGAGAAACACCAGGCCGGCCACAAGGAGCAGCGUAUGGAAGAGCCCUUGUCCCCUACCCACUUGGUCCGAGGUGUGUUGUGGCUUCAGGUGAAGGUCUCAUCUGGGGACCAGCAGCCCGAAGACAGCCCCUUCUCUGGCAGUGGCACCACCCAGGGGUCCCAACCUCUGCUCAGACUGUAUCCACUUCCACGCCACCAGCUGAGUGUCAUGGCCAAGGCCCACACCGACAGGCAGGGGAUACAGGGAAUACUGCCUCUGCUCCAGGGGUACCUCGGAGUCCCACAAAAAAAGUCCUGGGGAGUCCAGGGACAGACAGUGACACCGCUGAUCUCUGCAGCAGCCCCUGGCUCAGGUGGACGACCUCCGAAGUGUGCGGGUGCUGGAGGUGUGUGUGGACACCCGCGAGCACAGCCUGGGGAGCUUCGGGAUGCACCUGCCCAACCUGAGCCAGCUGAAGUUGACUGGCAGUCGCCUGGGCUCCCUCAGGUGCUAUGGCUGGCUCGAUGUGGCCUUGCUGACCUGGAUGGCAUCAGCUCCUUCCCGGCACUGCAGGAGCUCUACGUCUCCUACAAUAACAUCUCAGACCUGAGCCCACUAUGCCUACUCGACCAGCUGAAGGUGCUGGACCUCGAGGGCAACAGCGUGGAGGACCUGGAGCAGGUGCGCUACCUGCAGCUGUGCCCGAGGUUGACCACACUCACUCUGGAGGGCAACUUGGUAUGCCUGCAGCCAGCCGCCGGCCCAGCUAACAAGGCCCCUGGGUGCUACAACUACAGGGCAGAAGUGAGGAAGCUCGUGCCCCAGCUGUGCAUCCUGGACGAGGUGCCCACCACAUGUGCUGAUCUGCCUGCCCCCCGGGAGAUGGGCCAGGACUGGCUCAUGGUGAAAGAGGCCAUCAAGGAAGGCAGCAUGCUGGGCAGUGUCCUCCCCUCACUGGACCAAACCCACGGAGCCACCCUGCAGAAACGUGACCCAGCACUAAGCCUGCCCGAGACUCCGCCCUGGGUCUUGUCCCUGCUGGGACCCCUGACUGAAGGGCUGCUCCCUGAGGACCCAGCCCUUGAAGACCACGCCAGCAACCUCACCUAUGGUGCUGGUCAGGUCCUCUGCGGGAACCUCACCAAAGGCCUGUGGGAACGCAGGCACCAGUUCCAGGCCCGAGUCACACCGGAGCAGCUAUCCCCAACCAGACCAGGUCUGGCUGCCAGCCCCUCCACCCCACAACCUGACUCUACAGAUAGCCAUGGUCUCCUGGUGCUGGCUGGGCUUCCGGCCUGGAGGGAGCUUGACCUGUGGCCACUGGGGUCCCAGCAGGAAGGGGCUGCAGCUCCCCAGGACCCUCGGAGAGCCCCUGAACACCAAGAGGACCAGACUGGGCCCAGGCCUUCCCCAGGCCUGGCCUCAGAGCCUUCCAAGACACUAGGCUGUCAUCUGACCCCUUCUCCUCCCAAGAACCCAAUGCCACCUGACCCGGCCAGCAGCUCCCCCCGAGGCUCUGCUGACCUGCAGGUCAGAGGACGGAGGCUCAGAGCCCUGGGCAGCCUGGGGCCUGGCCUGGGUAAGGGGUUGGCCUCAGUGACCACCCUGAGAGCCCUGGAGGGCGCCUCAGGUCCCACCCUCAAGCCCAGUGACAUCCUGAGCCAAAGCCAGCCCUGGAUCCAGCAGCCAGACCCCCAGCCCUCUGCUGCUUGUGGUACCUGAGCCCUGCACCCCAGUCCAUCCUCACCUUUGGUGCAAAGCCCACCACUGCCAGGCUUGCUUGGAUGGUGCCCAGUGGGCACCCCUGGGGUCCUGGGAGCCCCUGAGGACCCUGGUCCCAUAGACCCAGAGCAUCCGGGGUGGGAGGGUGGGAGGUAGGCCUGGCCCUGGAAAGGUCCUCCUGGGUGGAGGGAGUUGGGUUUGGGACCUUCCUGGGUCCUGACCUUCCUGGGAACAGCCAGCCAGGCAGACCUAGAAGAGACCUCCCAGGUGCAGUCAGGCCUGGACCAGGGGGCUGGAGCUGGCCUGGGCUUUCUGGGGGCCCAGGGUCCAAGCUGCUCACUCCACCAGGCCUCUCAUCCCUGGUGGAUCUGUGGGGCUCCCCACUUGAGGGCGGGGUGCAGUUCUUCCUCUUGGGGCAGGUGCAAAUCAUUUCAACUCUCGGGUGUGCAGACUGUGUUUUAUUUUGUAGGCCUCAUUGGUCAAUAAAUGAUGCGGCUGGA